AUGGAAAACAGAAGCAAAUCAGUUGAGAAGAAACUGGAAGAACUGUUAGGGGAACCAUCCAAGGAGAGGUCGGAGAAGAAGUUCUACUCCUCAAACGCCGAUGCUAAAUCCCCCGCAGAUUCAGGUAUUCAGCUUAUCACAUGCGAAGAUCUACCCGUUCGCUUGAAUGAUGCGCAACAACUUUUGCACGAAACGAGAAUACAAUCCUUACUCAAGGAGAAUGCGAAACUGAAUGGUGAGUUGAAGAGCAUGCAGCAAAACGAGGCAGACUUCGAGAACGCAGCCCGAGAGGUGCGCACCUUUCUGCUGCGCGCAGAAGAGGACAAGAAGCGACUGAUGAACAGGAUUGAGAAACUCACUGCCAAUGCAAGAUUUGAAGACGCUAAAAAAAAGCAAAUAAUACGCGAUUAA